AAAAGGAACAAACAAAUAAGCAAAGGUCUCACUUAUAUCUUAGCUUUCUUUCUGUGUUCACUUCUAUCAGCUUCAUUUUCUGACAUUUCAUUCUACGCACUAGAGUUUAGCAGAAAAAAAUGAACGACUUCUCAACGCCACCAGAGGCAACCUUCAAUUCCUCCGUGAACAAGAUGGUGACUGCUUCUGUUGUUUCUGGCGUGGUGUUUAUCGUUGCUGUUGCAGCCAUUAUAUACGCCAUUAUUAACUGCGCCAAGAAGGCAGGAAGUAUUCCAAUCUCUGCUCGGAUAGUCGGUAGCGUUGACAGCACCAGCAAGGACUCCAACCAAGUAGCAAUAGACGUAAGAGCUGAUCAGUUUCCGGUAAAAGUUGAUUUUCCAACAACAAUCAAAGGGUUUCUUAGCAACAUGGCAAGAGAGAAGCCUAUAGCUUUCUCACCUAAGCAAAUUGCAGAGUUCACAAAUAAUUAUAACCCCGCCAACUUGUUGGGUUCAGGUGCUUUCGGAGUAGUAUAUAAAGGGCUUCUUGUUGACGGAGUGGAAGUGGCUGUCAAGGUCCUUACCAACAAUAAUAGUGCUAAGAUAGUUGAAGAGCAGUUCAUGGCAGAAGUUGGCACUUUGGGAAGAAUUUGUCACAUGAAUUUGGUUAGACUUUAUGGCUUCUGCUUCGACCCUGAAUUGAAAGCACUUGUCUAUGAGUACAUGGAGAAUGGAUCGCUUGACAAGUUAUUGUUCGACGAGAACAAACAAGUAGAUUUGGAGAAGCUUCAUGAUAUUGCAGUACAAAUAGCACAAGGAUUAGCUUAUUUGCAUGAGGGGUGUGGAAAAAGAAUCAUUCAUUACGAUAUUAAGCCCGAAAAUGUACUUCUUGAUGAGAAUUUGAAUCCAAAGGUUGCAGAUUUUGGCCUUGCAAAGCUUUGCAACAGGGGAAGUAGUCACAUGGUGUUAACCAACGUUAGAGGGACAGCAGGAUAUGCAGCUCCAGAUGUAUGGAAGCCUUAUCCUGUGACUCACAAAUGUGAUGUGUACAGUUUUGGUAUUGUUCUCUUUGAGAUUGUUGGAAGGAGAAGACAUCUUGAUGUUAAUGCAAACGAGUCAAGUGAAUGGCUUCCAAAGUGGACAUGGAACAUGUAUAACAAAAAUGAAUUGGCGGUGUUGGUGUCUCGUUGCGGGAUUGAAGAGAAAGACAGGGAAAAAGCAGAGAGGAUGUUUUUGGUAGCUCUGUUGUGCAUUCAGAACUCACCAGAAGAAAGGCCUCUCAUGAGCAAUGUGGUGAUGAUGCUGGAGGGACAUAUGAUGAUUCCUCCACCACCUUUUCCAUUUGAACAUGGACAAUCUCCUCCACGAAAUUUAUCCCAACGUAGUGGAACAGAUGAAGACUCGAAUACUUCUGCAUCAAGCACAAAGACUUCUAAAAUAAAUGAGAUUGAGCUAGCUGCAGUUGAAUAGGUAAAGAGAUGGCUGUGUAUCUAUCAGUCAAACUCAAAAUUUCAUAUAUUCAUGUUGGUUUUUCGUACUUUGAUGAAAUGGCUUCAUUUAGAAGUGUUGUAUGUAGACUAAUGUAUUUUAAAUGAAAAAUAUACAUGCUCUUUGUUCUU